UUCACUUUCCCGCAAAAACAGAAUACCCCAAUCUAUCCCCUCUUUCUCUCUCUAACCCCAAUUUUUUUAAUUAUUUUUCUCUUUCUCUCUCUACUUUUUUUUUUAAUUUAAGUAAAUUUCAUUUCUCAAGCGAUUCAGAAGAUGACUGCCAUGCCACCACCGACGCCCUUUUAGCUCCUCCUUCACCUCCCUUUUUCCCUUCUCAAGAUCGAUUCAGCGAGCUUAGCAUGCCAGCUUUUCUGCUGUUGGAUGUGGAUUGAGUGAUCAAAGCUGGAAAGAGCUAUGCUAAUGUAGUUCUUUUUGAGGAUCUUGAGAAUUUUGGCAUUGAAGAAGGGAAUUUUUAACUUUUCUCCAAUGGGGGCCGGGUAUUUAGCAAUUUCAGCAGCGUGUACAGCUUUGAGCUUUGUGGGUCUAAAAUGUUGGACAGAGUUGUCUCUUGACAAAUUAAAUCCAGAAGGUUUAAUUACUGAAAAUUCCAUUAACGCGGAGAAUGCUAACCGAGAACUUGAACUUUUGUUGGGUUCUUACACCACUAUCGCGUUGCUGGCGAGUUUUGUGUUUAAUGUGUUCAUUCUGCUCAAUCUUUGUCUUAAGACAAUUUUCUUUGUGGAAUUAUAUCCUUCUGAAACUCGGAAAUUAAUGGAACGUCUUAUUAAUUAUAUAAUAUACAAGGGGACAUUCCUCCCUUUGGUUAUUCCAGCAAAGAUAUUUCAAGCAGGUUUGUGGUCCAGUUGGUUGAUAAUUCUCUGUUCUUUAAAGAUGUUUCAAGCUUUGGCUAGAGAUCGACUUGAGCGUUUAAAUGCAUCUCCUUCUGCAAUGCCAUGGACUUAUUUUCGCGUGUAUUCAGUUUUGUUGUUGGUACUCUCUGUCGACUUCUUCUGGAUAAGGCUGUGUUUGCUGAUAUAUAGAACACUGGAUUCAUCCAUGUUUUUGUUAUUGUUCUUUGAGCCUUUCAGUAUUGCCUUUGAAACAAUGCAGGCGAUUUUGGUACACGGAUUUCAGUUGGUUGAUAUUUGGUUCCAUCAUUCUGCUGGGAAUAGUGCAAAUUGCCAGAGGUUCAAAUUGUUUGAUAAAAUUGCAGCAGGUUCAUUGUCUGAAUGGAAAGGCAUUCUUGUUCGGAAUCUAGGAUUUUCCCUUGACAUGGCAACUUUGUUAAUGGCCCUUGGUCAUUACAUGCACAUUUGGUGGCUUCAUGGUGUGGCAUUUCAUCUAGUGGAUGCUGUCCUUUUCUUGAAUAUACGUGCCUUGCUUAGUGCUAUUAUAAAGCGCGUUAGAGGAUUCAUUAAAUUAAGAAUAGCUUUUGGGGCUCUUCAUGCUGCUCUUCCCGAUGCAACAUCUGAAGAGUUACGAGCAUAUGAUGAUGAAUGUGCUAUCUGUAGGGAACCUAUGGCUAAGGCUAAGAAGUUAAAAUGCAGUCACCUUUUCCAUCUUGCAUGUUUGAGAUCUUGGUUGGAUCAGGGUUUAAAUGAGAUGUAUUCAUGUCCUACUUGUCGAAAGCCACUCUUUGUGGGCAGACCUGAAAAUGAUACAAACCGUCAUGGUGGAGAUGUUUCAAGUGAUGAGCAUCUUGCUCGUCAAAUAAGUGAAGGACUAAACCAGCAAAAUCCGCCUACUAUACCUGCUAAUGUAUUUCCCAGUCAGACACGGAAUCCCUUAGAAGGCAGCCCCUGGAGAAGUGCAGGUUUGGAUUCAAGUUGGCUACAUCCUUACCCAGGCCAGGGUGUCGAUGGAGCUGGUCCUUCCACUGCUAUGAGAUCAGUUGGGCUGGGGAGAGUUCAAAUGAUGAUGAGACAUCUUGCAUCUGUAGGGGAAACCUAUGCUCAGACUGCCCUUGAGGAUGCUGCUUGGAGCCUUUGGCCCAUGAAUCCCUCUCAAGCUGUUGCAUCCGGCACUCCUGUCCCUCCUGGUAUUGGUGGAAGACCGGCUGGAGGUACUGGGGGUUUACACAUAAGGACUCCAUCACGCUCUGCAAAUGACAACAUAGCAAACCUGCUUGCCAUGGCUGAGACAGUACGUGAGGUUCUGCCGCACAUUCCAGAUGAAUUGAUUUUGCAGGACUUGCAGCGAUCCAACUCCGCCACUGUCACGGUGAACAAUCUUCUUCAAAUGUGAAACAGGCGACGAUACAGUUUAGUCUAAUGUGCUUCAAGUGGUUAACCUGUGCUAUUGUAUACAAGCAUUUGUAGGUUUGAUUAUCCCCGACACUUAUUAUCAUUGCAUUUUUGCCCCUUUAUUAAUACAUCCGCAAGCUACAUGUAUAUACCACCAAUUCUAGUUCCAUUUCCAUUUGCCAAAUGAGGGGAAAGGCGCAUUAUAGGCUUCAGGUUUGGUUUUUGUGCAAAAGAAUAAAGUUGUGCAUAGAUGGAGAGGUCGGGUUUUGCGUUCUGAUAUUGAUCUGAGCCUCAAAUACUACAAAUUUACCUUGGUUGGCUUCACUUCAUUGUCCAAAGGUAACAGGAACUAGGUUUGUUGUCUAUAUCCGAAUAUAUAGUGUUGUACAAUAAUGAAUCAUGUGUAAUUGCUAUGAUGUGUAGUAGUGGCUUUUGAUAGAUAUAUUCUGAGGUAACUUGUUUGUUACUUAUAGAGUACAUUCAGUGGCUAUUUUGCCUAAAAGUAAGUUAUCUUUGUGAUGAAAUUUAUCAGGUGAAUGAAAAUUCCAUUGAAAUUUCUUCA